CAUCUUUUUCAACGUUUAAGAAGCCACGCCUGGCUCUUCAUUGAGAAGCGAGAACCACAUGGCGGUUUAGACGAGAGAGAGAAAGAUAGCUCUGAAGCGAGUUGCUGUUGUCUGUUGCUCUGUUACAGUGCGAUUUGGGAUUCCCCUGUUUUCUUCUCCUCCGCUGAGCGAGAGAGAGAGAGAGAGAGAGAGAGAGAGAGAGAGAGAGAGAUGAGGAAACAGUUUUCUCUCACAGUGGACGCAUGGAUUAGGGAGGCUGAAGAGGCGGGAAAGUUGGUGGAAGAUCUAGAAGCGAGGAUUAAGAACAAUAACCCAGAAGAAGCGAGGCUUAGAGACAGUGCGAGAUCGAAGCUUUCGGAACUUGCAGUGAAGCUCGAUCGCCUCGAAUCGCUUCUCCACAACCCACCCUCCAAACCCCUCCUGACUGAUCAAGAUUUGGAUUUUCGAUGGAAAAUGCUCUCAGAUAUGCAGCUAAGAACAAAAGCAGUGGCUCUUAGUGUUUUCACAUUUUCAUCCAUGAGCAGGCCAGCAAGCUUUCCUACUGAAGACACUAAAGAAAAAUCCAAAGCUGUCAAUAGCAGCAACCAAGACCAUUUGAAGACCACAUCCUUUAAAGGAGACCCAGAGCUGCUGGAACCUCUUGUUCUGGACAAUUCAACCCAAAGUCAAGUGCAGUUAAAAUUAUCCAGUUCGUUUAUGCCAAAAAGCUGCCUUUUGACAACUUGUUGGGUUAUUCUUUUGACUUUGGGAGCGGCUGCACUUCUAGUCCUCUUGGUUAUAGUCUGUGCCGUUAUAUGAGCUAUUUAACCAAACGAUUUGAUGCUUUGAUGGUUCCUUUCAUAUAUAAGAAGCAGCAGCACCCUUGGUAGAAACCAAAGCAGCUUAUCAUUCCUAUCUUUGUUGAGUAAUAGUUAUGUUGAAGCAGAAGAAGCCUCGUCUAGAAAUUGCAUGUAUAGUUGCAUUAUAAGAUUGUUCAUAGAAAAAUGAAAGAAAGGAAAGAAAAGAGUAUGCUUGAAACUAUGAUGUAACAUAUUGUCUUGGGUAUGUUAGAGGGAAAUUUAUGAGAAGAAUGAAACUUAUUUGGACUUGUAUUUUAAAAUUUUUUAGAAGAUUUGUAUGCUUUACCA